AUGGAGGAAUGCCGCGACCGCAACGAGCUAAUCGAUCUCCGCAGCCUUGAUCUCGUCUCCGAGUACGACUCGCACCUGAUGUGCCCGAUCUGCCACUGUCCCUUCGUUGAUCCCGUUCGUCUCCAAUGCGACCAUGUUUUCUGCGGGAGUUGCCUCAGUUCGGCCAUCACUAGCUUCCGCUCAGCCGACUCGGGCGAGUUCCCAUGUCCCUCUUGCCGAAAUCCCACCCAGAAAGUGUCAGCUAGCGUGCCCCGCCUGCUGAUCAAUAUGUGCGACGAGAUCCGGGUGCGAUGCCCGUUGAUUACGGAGGGAUGUCAGGAAAUUAUACCCCGAGGUCAUGUCCAGUCGCAUGUCGAGAAGUACUGUGGAUACCGGCUAUUGCCGUGCCCGGAUAAUUCAUGCGAUCAGAUGACGCGAAGCAAGGACAUUGGGGUGGAUCGGAAGUGCAUUCAUAGAGUGCAACGGUGCUCUUUUUGCGAAGGGGACGUCCUAGAGCAUGAAUACGAGGUUUGUUGCCCUUUUGAGUCUCUUGGAGUUUGA